CGGCUUCUCUCGCGAGGACGGACGCCAUUAUCGCAUCUCCCCGACAAACACCACGAGAAUUCCGCAGCCCACACGCCUCCCUGUGAACUGGAUUCUUGCUUAGUAGGCCUGCCCCUCUUUUCGUUGUCUGGAUGAUGUCCGAGCAGGACCUGGCGGAUGUGGUUCAGAUUGCCGUGGAAGACCUGAGUCCUGACCAUCCAGGUACAGAGCUGUGGGACAUUGUUUUAGAGAAUCAUGUAGUGACAGAUGAAGACGAACCUGCUUUGAAACGUCAGCGCCUAGAAAUCAAUUGUCAGGACCCCUCUAUAAAGUCUUUCCUCUACUCCAUUAACCAGACGAUAUGUCUGCGGUUGGAUGGCAUUGAGGCCAAGCUGCAAGCUCUGGAGGCAACUUGCAAGUCCUUGGAGGAGAAGCUGGACCUAGUGACCAACAAACAGCACAGCCCCAUCCAGGUCCCCAUGGUGGCAGGUUCACCACUUGGCGCCACUCAGACCUGCAACAAAGUGCGAUGCGUCGUCCCCCAGACUACAGUAAUACUCAACAAUGAUCGGCAGAACGCCAUUGUAGCCAAGAUGGAAGACCCCUUGAGCAGCAGGGCACCGGAUUCCCUGGAAAAUAUCAUUAGCAAUGCUGUUCCUGGGCGUCGGCAGAACACCAUCGUGGUGAAGGUGCCAGGUCAAGAUGACAGCCACAACGAAGACGGGGAGAGCGGGUCAGAGGCCAGCGACUCUGUGUCCAACUGUGGCCAGCCGGGGAGCCAGAACAUCGGGAGCAACGUCACGCUCAUCACCUUGAACUCAGAAGAGGACUACCCCAACGGCACGUGGCUGGGCGACGAGAACAACCCCGAGAUGCGCGUGCGCUGCGCCAUCAUCCCCUCCGACAUGCUGCACAUCAGCACCAACUGCCGCACGGCCGAGAAGAUGGCGCUAACACUGCUGGACUACCUCUUCCACCGCGAGGUGCAGGCUGUGUCCAACCUGUCGGGCCAGGGCAAGCACGGGAAGAAGCAGCUCGACCCGCUCACCAUCUACGGGAUCCGGUGUCACCUUUUCUAUAAAUUUGGAAUCACAGAGUCUGACUGGUAUCGGAUCAAACAGAGCAUCGACUCCAAAUGCCGGACAGCAUGGCGUCGGAAACAGCGAGGCCAGAGCCUGGCAGUCAAGAGCUUCUCACGCAGAACGCCAUCCUCUUCCUCAUCCUCAUACAGCGCCACAGAGACCAUGAUGGGCACCCCACCACCUGCCACCGAGCUCCAGCAGCCUCAGCCUCAGGCCCUGCACUACGCCCUGGCCAAUGCACAGCAGGUGCAGAUCCACCAGAUCGGAGAGGACGGACAAGUCCAAGUAAUCCCACAGGGCCACCUCCACAUUGCCCAGGUGCCUCAAGGGGAGCAGGUGCAGAUUACGCAGGACAGCGAGGGCAACCUCCAGAUUCAUCAUGUUGGUCAGGACGGGCAGGUGCUGCAGGGCGCUCAGCUGAUAGCCGUGGCCUCUUCCGACCCGACCGCAGCAGGCGUGGACGGCUCCUCUCUCCAGGGAAGUGACAUCCAGGUGCAGUACGUCCAGCUGGCGCCCGUGAGCGACCACACAGCUGCCGCACAGACAGCCGACGGCCUGCAGCCCACCCUACAGCCCGAAAUGCAGCUUGAACACGGAGCAAUCCAGAUCCAAUGAGACAGGUGGCCGAGCCACCAGCACCAUGCUGCCUGGGCCCACGCGCCCUGUGCUCGCGCUCUGAGCCAGCCGGCGUCUGUGCGAGGUCUGCGACACGUCUGGGAGCUGCCUCCUCCUGGGGGCAGGGUCCUGGCCGCCCCAGGGCCCCGGCUCUGAGUCGUGCUGCCCACGUCCGGAGGAGAGGCACGGAGUAGAGUACACUCAGAGAAACGAGAACCACAAUAUUUUGUUUAAUGGCUUUUUUUUAAUUUGCUAUGGUGUUUAUAACAAAAAAGAAAAUGGGGAAAAAAAAAACAAACGAGUGGAAAUGCGGAAGCCUUUGCUGUGCUCUGUUCAGUGGCAGGAAGCAGGCGUUUGCGGGGGUGGGGCGAUUGUGCAGGAGAGGAAACUUGCCUACUUUUCUAGGGGAGAUGCUCCCAUACACUGUAAUUAUGCAUUUUUAAUGAAAUAAAGUUGUAUUUAUGACCACGUC